AUGUGUCUAACUCGAACCUGUACCUUAAUCGUGCCAGGGCCGUUUUUGCCGUAUGCAGUAAGCAAUAUCUGUGAUGAGUGGAGAAUGGAAUUUUUGAAGAAAUCUGGUAUUCUCUUUCAUUUGUUGCAGACAUGUGUAUAUACAGCACAUAUAUGGAGGAAUGAGGAAGGGACGCCAGAGGAGGAUGGAAGAAACCAGACGAACCGAGACGAUGCUCUUUCCGGCAUAGCCGGACAUAGAGAAGAGCGGUAG